AUGGGUCAUCGCAGGAUCACAUGGGGCCAUGUGAGGUCAAUGAUGGGUCAUCAAUACCUGGACAAGUAUGGCUGGACAGAGCCGGUGAACUGGGAGGACCUUGCCUACCAGGGGGUCUCAGUGCCGCUGGACAACGACCCCCCACCCAUGAACGUCUCUGGGCUCCUGCUCGAAGGUCACUACGGCCGCCGACAGCUCCAGGAGCAGCAGGAGAGCCAGCAGAUGCUGGCCAAGUACACCAGCGCCCUGCUGAGGUUCCAGAAGGCCAACGGGCUGCCCGCCUCUGGGGUCCUGGACCAGGCCACCAAGGAGGCCAUGAACAUGCCCCGCUGUGGUGUGCCAGACCACAAGGCCCACGACAAUGACUCCAACGUCCUGAACACCACCCGCAUGUCCGGACUGGGCUACGGACUGCCGCCGGAUCCCUCGAGGGUGGGGGCAACCUCACUUCCAUCAUCAGCAUCAGCCCACCCAACCGCACCGAGGUGUCCCACAGCAGGACCCAGCGCCAGCGUGAUGGCCCUGUCCCCACAGUGUCCCAGCUCACUCCACAGACACCUCCCAACACAGGGUCCCGUCCAACAUCACACAGAGCGCCAGCCAAAGGCCAACCCAACCAAUCAGAAACAGCAACAAGGGCCGGCUCAACCAACGGUGACCACCAGCCGACGUCAACUCAACCAAUCAGAGAACAGCGUGCAAAGCCAACUCAACCAAUCGGGGAACAACGACAAGAGUCAUCUCAACCAAUGGCAGACCACCAGCCAAGGUCAACUCAACCAAUCAGAGACCUCUGGCCAAGGCAAAUUCAACCAAUCGAGUGUGGGCGGUCAAGGUCAGCUCUCGGGGCAAGGCGGGGCUGACCACCAGGAGACAAGCGCCAGACCAAUGGGGGGUGGAGAGCGGGCGGAGCACGGGAGCAGGAGGCGGACCAUCCGCUGGCUGGUGGAGCAGAUGCGGAGGAGGCGCGCGGCCUCGGACCUCCUGGACAACACCUUCCCCCAGCUGGCCUUCACCAAGUCCCGGCUGAGGUGGCGCAUUCUGGACGAAGGCUACAGCUCGCAGCUGACCAUCGACGAUCAGAAGAUGAUCUUGCGCCUCGCCUUCCGUAUGUGGAGUGAGGUCACGCCGCUGAUAUUCAUCGAAGACCUGACGUCACCGGCCUCCGAGAUAGACAUCAAGCUGGGCUUCGGCACAAGUGAGGACAUUCACUGUCCCAUCACACUCACCCCUCACAGGGGAGUCAGUAAACAGCAGCACGCGGGGACGGGUCAGCACCCAGGGUAUCCCGGGAGAGGCACACUGGGCUGCUCGCAGGUGUUUGACGGGAACGGGCAGGAGUACGCCCACGCCUGGCGCCUGGGGGACGUCCACUUCGACGACGACGAGCACUUUGUCAAACCUUCCAGCAGCGAAGGCAUCAGCCUCCUGACGGUGGCUGUUCACGAGAUCGGUCAUGUGCUGGGACUGCCCCACAUCAGGCGGCCUGGCUCCAUAAUGCACCCAAACUACAUCCCGCAGGAAUCCAAGGACCUGGAGCUGGACUGGUACGAUCGGAAGGCCAUCCAACAGAUCUACGGGGUGUGUGAGGGCAGCUUCAACACAGUGUUCGACUGGGUACGGCAGGAGGAGAACGAAUUCGGUGAGGUCACCUAUCGCUUCAACACCUACUUCAUGCGCCACGGCUGGUACUGGAUGUACGAGAACCGGUUCAACAGGACCCGCUAUGGCGACCCCAUCCCGCUGGUGGUGGGCUGGCGGGGCCUGCCCUCCUCUGACAUCGAUGGCUUCGUCCACAUCUGGACCUGGAACAGGGACAUCACCCUGUUCUUCAAAGGGACCCUGUACUGGCAGUACGACAACGACAACGACCGGGUGUACAGCGAGGACCCUCAGGGGAACCGGUUCCCCCGCCCCAUCGCUCAGGCCUUCCCCGGCAUCGAGGGGCCCAUCGACACCGUCUACUUCGACAAGAGGGACCACUGCCUGUACCUUCUUCAAAGGGUGACGGCCUUCAGUGUGGACCUGAACGCCACGGUGCCCGGGUACCCCAAGAGGAUCAUCGACGUCUUCCCGCCCAUUGUCAAGGGCAACCACCCGCUGGGCCACCUGGACGCGGCCUACUACUCCUACACCCACACCGCCACCUUCAUCUUCAAGGACACGGUGUACUGGAGAGUGAUCAACGAGGAGGACCGGGAGAACAACGCCUCGCUGCCCCUCAAUGGCCUGCUACCCCACCACCGCAUCGCCGAGCACUGGCAUGACAUCUGUGAGGUGGACGGCUCGUGGGCACCGGGCCGACAGUAGGGGAGGGCGGCCCACACGCGGACCCCCGCCUCCUCCUCACCGCCCCACCCACUACAUGGCAAGGCAGAUCCACCUACAGACCUACGCUCCACCUCUGACCUUCUCCCUGUGACCCCAACCUUCUGAUGGAUCUCCUGUGUUGCCCACAGUGAACCAAUCACCAAUGCCCAUCGUGCCUCGUCAAAGUUCACAGGACAAUCCUCUCUUCUGCAUGCUUAGGGUUAGAGGACAGAGGGUCAGAGGUCACACACAAUGUAAUUCCUUCCAGUCCACCAGCCCUCAGAGAGCUUCACCCUGUGUCUGACCCCGGGAGUGUGUGAUGGGACGGUGUGGAGGGAGCUUCACCCUGUGUCUGACCCCGGGAGGGUGUGAUGGGACGGUGUGGAGGGAGCUUCACCCUGUGUCUGACCCCGGGAGGGUGUGAUGGGACGGUGUGGAGGGAGCUUCACCCUGUGUCUGACACCGGGAGGGUGUGAUGGGACGGUGUGGAGGGAGCUUCACCCUGU